AUGGCGGCGGCGACGGCGGUGGUCUGGGCAGCCCGAAGGGUGUGGGGCCAGAGAAAUUCAGCCCAGGUACUGUCUUGGAUAGGUCGUGCUGGGAAUAUUUGCCGGCGCGGGCACCUUCGCAGUGUCGAGCAAUUCGUCUGCUCUGGGAUCCAGCCCGGGCAGGGCCCACGACUGGGCCAGCUCCACGGACUGAUCGAGAAAGUUCCCUGCAUCCUUGGAGGCGUUGAUUUUCUGGGCAACGCCCUCCCAGUAGUCGCUCACACUCUUCUGGUGCUUUUUCCCGGUCAUGUGCUUCAGCCGCACCUGCGCAGACGCCCGGUCGAGCCGGAUCCCACAGUACAGGCACUGGAGCUUGGCCAUGCCAGGAGUUUUCAGCUGACUCAACCACAGGGAGUGAAGCCUGAUCUCAAGAAAUUUGCCUACGCGCCAGCAAAGGCGGCCAAGGCGGCGGAAGUCAAGGGCACAGGGCCGCCACCGGUGCUUUCGGCCCGCCCUGCCACUCAUGAUGCUGCCCUGCCGCUGCUGUUGGAGCCAGACCUCCUCCUGGUGUUUGUGGGCUUCAAUCCAGGACUCGAAUCGGCCCGGCUCGGCCAUUACUAUGCCCAUCGCUCGAACAGGUUUUGGAAGUUUAUCUAUCAAUCUGGCCUUGUGUCACGGCCCGUGGUAUGUACAGACGACCGCCGGCUACAGAAAGAGUAUCGGUACGGGUUUACAGAUCUUGUGGGGCGGUCGACGAAGGGAAUAAACGAAUUGAGCAAGACCGAGAGGGCACACGGGGCGAGCAUCCUUGAAUUCCGCAUCUCGGAAUACCAGCCCCGCUAUGUGUGCUUUGUGGGUAAAGGCAUUUUCGAAACAGUGGCCAAGGCAAAGGGGUGGUCUCUCAGGGCCUUUUCGUACGGGGUUCAGCCGCAAACAUUCGGUGGAUCCAACCUGUUUGUAGUCCCGUCGACUUCGGGGCUCGUGUCAAUGCCUGCUGCCCGCAUGCUGGAAUACUGGACAACCCUCAGCCAGCUUGUCGCUAGGGAGAGGGAAGAGCAUGCCAAAUCAUCAGGACUUGUUACGGAGAGCGACGAGCACUCUUGA